GCCGCUUCUCUGGCUGGCUCAUUCUCCAGCGCGCUUCCCUCCUCGCUAGAUGGUGUGCGAGACACCCGAGACUAGACACGCUCCGGACGCGGCCAGGAGCGAGAAGCGGCAAGAGAGGAGGGCAGGGGAGAAGGAGGAAGGCGGGCGGCAGGAGGCGAAACGAGGCGAGGGGAGGAAGCGAGGCGGACACUCGGCUUGCCUGGGAGCGAGGAAGGAGGCUGCUGCUACCUGCCCGCUCGCUCGCCUGCCUUGGAGGCUCGACGAGGAGCAGAAGCCGAGAGCCGGAGCGCUGCCUUCGAGCAGGCAUGGACAUGAUGCUCCUGGUCCAGGGCGCUUGUUGCUCCAACCAGUGGCUGGCCGCGGUGCUGCUGAGCCUCUGCUGCUUGCUGCCCUCCUGCCUGCCCGCCGGCCAAAGUGUGGACUUCCCUGGGACAGCUGUGGACAACCUGGUGGUCAGGAAAGGGGAGACGGCAGUGCUUAGGUGUUACUUGGAAGAUGGGGCUUCAAAAGGUGCCUGGCUGAACCGGUCAAGUAUUGUUUUUGCAGGAGAAGACAAGUGGUCAGUAGAUCCUCGAGUGUCAAUUGCAACAGCAAACAAAAGGGAAUACAGCCUCCAGAUACAGGAUGUGGAUGUGUCAGAUGAUGGUCCGUAUACUUGUUCGGUGCAGACCCAGCACACGCCUAGAACAAUGCAGAUCUACUUAACAGUAAAAGUUUCUCCAAAGAUAUUCCAUAUCUCAAAUGACAUUGUGGUGAAUGAAGGGAGCAACUUCACACUUGCUUGCUUGGCUACAGGGAAACCAGACCCAUCCAUUUCUUGGAGACAUAUCUCUCCGACAGCAAAACCAUUUGAAAGUGGACAAUAUCUGGACAUCUAUGGAAUUACAAGAGACCAAGCUGGGGAAUAUGAAUGCAGUGCUGAAAAUGAUGUAUCAGUUCCAGACGUGAAAAAAGUAAAAGUCACAGUAAACUUUGCCCCAACAAUUCAGGAAAUAAAAUCCAGUGGAGUGACGCUUGGAGGGACCGGAUACAUAAGAUGUGAAAGUGCAGGAGUUCCUCCCCCAGCCUUUGAAUGGUACAAAGGAGAAAGGAAACUGUUCAGUGGACAACAAGGGAUUGCUAUUAAAAGCUUUAGUUCAAGAUCACUUUUAAAUAUGAACAAUGUGACAGAGGAGCAUUUUGGCAAUUAUACAUGUGUCGCUACCAACAAACUAGGCACAACCAAUGCCAGCCUGCUUCUUAACCAAAUUAUUGAGCCUACUACUACUAGUCCUGUCACAAGCCCAGCUCCAACGACCCAGCUUGGGAUUACUGGAGGCGCUGAAGUUCUAUUGUCCUGCUGGUACCUUGUGUUGAUACUGUCCUCUUACACCAGCAUAAUGUACCUGAAGAACAUCGUUCUACAAUAAAUGUAAAGAACCAUGAGAGGCUUUUAAGGAUUCUUUGAAAGUGCUGAUGACUGGAUCCAAUCUGGUAGAGUUUGUUAAAAAGCGGCGUGGGAUAUAAUCAGCAGUGCUUAUAUGGGGAUGAUCGCCUUCUGUAGAAUUGCUCAUUAUGUAAAUACUUUAAUUCUACUCUCUUUUUUAUUAGCUGCAUUACCUUGUGAAGCAGUACACAUUGUCCUUUUUUUUUUAAAAGACGUGAAAGCUCUGAAAUUACUUUUAGAGGAUAUUAAUUGUGAGUUCAUGUUUGUAAUCUAUAACUUUUCAAAAGCAUUCAGUCAUGGUCUGCUGGUUUGCAGACUGUAGUUUACAUAAAAAGAACCCAAAUAUUGCAGUUAAAAAUAUGAUCUUUAAGGCUGCAAUACAAGCAUUCAUUUCCCUCUUUAAAUAAGAUUUUAUCUUCAUUUAUAAAGUUUUUUUUUUUACAAAAAGCUAAAUAAUAUUGCCUUCAAUUCAAUUCUUCAAAAAUAGAACACAUAACCUAGAUUUUCUUCUAGCAUGAUACUCCGAUUUCAAGAAUGAGCCUUGCAAUAUGACUGCACUGUGCAGUUAUGCUUUGAUUUUGAUUUUCCUGUCAGUUCAGCAUGGGUGUGCCUUCAUAAGAUACUGCUUUUCUCUUCCUCUCUGACAAAUUGGGGAUGUUUUUGGUAGAUGCUAAGCUCAAGGGUACCGAAUAUCUUCUUAAGGACAAAGGUGCUAUUGGAUGUACAAUGAAUACAACCAGUCGGGUAAAGGAACUACUCCAAACACUAAGCACAGCAAAGUAAGUAGACAGUAAUAUUUUUUUUAGUCCAGCUGUCAAGUACAACACAUAUCCCAAAUCUGUACAAAAAUAUCCGAUCUCUCUCAGAGAUUUCUAUGUGAAUGUAAAAGUUCCAUACCUGAAACUGACCAUACCUGUCAACUUGUGUGUUUUUUUUAAAGAGGUGGCUAAUUUUAUGUCAGUAAAUAUUGUACUUCCUGUUGACUUUUGGUUGACUUAUAGAUGAUAGUCCUUUUGUUUGCAAAAUCUUCGGAGUCAGAAUUCUCAUCAUACACAAUACAUUUCAAAAAACACACUUGUAUGCAUGCACACACAAAUAAUAAUAGUCACCAUUCCAAAUACUGACCUUUGCCACACAGGACAUAUUCUAACAUACUACUGCUUUUAAAACAUUUUUGCCUAAAGUCAGUUUGUCAACACAAUAAAAGAGCCCCUGGUGGCGCAGUGGUGAAACUGCUGCCCUGUAACCAGAAGGUUACAAGUUUGAUCCUGACCAGGGGCUCAAGGUUGACUCAGCCUUCCAUCCUUCCGAGGUCGGUAAAAUGAGUACCCAGAAUGUUGGGGGCAAUAUGCUAAAAUCAUUGUAAACCGCUUAGAGAGCUCUGGCUAUAAAGCGGUAUAUAAAUGUAAGUGCUAUUGCUAUUGCUAAUAAAUCAUUGUUCCUUCUCCCACACAAACAUGCAACUCAGGAAUCUCCUCAAAUGCCUGCUGUAGAUGUACGUCACGUGUCAUCCAUGUUUCCACCUAUUUGGGGCAAUCCUGUCUAUGCUCUAUUGUGACAUCAAGCCCUACAUCUUAUGGGAAAAUGCAGAUAAAUACAGCCCUUUGCUCUAGAAAGGGAAAUUUUAAAUAUCCUAUAAGGCACUGAACAAACCAUAAGACAUAGCCAGUCUUAAAUUAAACUUGAGUUAUUUUUCUUCUUGUUUUGCAUCUUACGUAUCUAUUUCCCAAAAUAUAAUUAACACUGUAAACCUAUGUUAGCAUAUAUCUUCAGAAAGGUCUUCUAACAUUCCAAAAUUCACAAGUUCUGCUUCAGUAUAAAUUAACACUGCAUAUUUGCCUAAGCAACAUCUUAAUGAAAACAAUGGACUUUUAUGUAAAAGUUGUAUUUACAUGGUUGUAAAAGGUCAACUUUAAAAACAGAAGAAAGUAGGGAGAACCCUCUGAAAAACUGGAGGUGAUGCUUUGCGUCUAUUCUAGAUUUGCACUAGCCCUUAAUAAGGACACAAAGUUACACCUAAAAAAUUGGGAAAAUAUUUACAGAGGUAGCUUAAUAUGAAAUAAAUGAAUAAUGCAGUGUAAAGUUUUUCAUUUGGAUUAAUUCUAGUUCUUACACAAAAAUAACUCAUGAGAAAUUGCCCUUUUCUACUUGACUUAGGUAUUUGUGUUCACUGGUUCAGGUUGAGAAAUAACACUAUAGUCUCUUUAACUGAAAUUGCUAAGGCCUGGGCACUUUCCAGAUUACCUGCUACAACAGUGUCACUAUGUUUUCUCCAAGUGUGCUUCCAUAUUGUCUGUGUUUUGACAUUGCAGUCCCUGCACUAUCAGAAAGGUGCCAUUCACAUUUCUGAUGCCUUAUUUCAGAUUUUAUUGCCACGUUACAGUCCUAUAGUGUUGCAUGUGUGUUGCAAAAAAAAAAAGAAGAAAGCUGUAUUUUCCUGUUGUAGGAGUUUUGUGCAAGCUAGAAAAGACUGCUCCCCCUGCUGGUGGCUUUGCGCAACAAACAGCUUCAACCCUUUAAAAAAAGUUUUGAACGCCAUCUGCCAAACCGAAGCAUUUUACCGCUGUUGUAGUAAGUAAUCUGGAAAGCGCCCUGCUCUGCAAAGUGUAGUCAACAAACUGAGUAUGUUCAGCAAGCUGUUGUACCUCAAAAUGAGUUCAUAUAAGCAUUACGGUCACAAGAACAAAUCAAUGUUUCAGCAAGCCAUAGAUGAGGCUGCAGUGUUUUUAACUUAAUUCAGUUCAAAGUGUGAUUAUAAAAUAAAUAAAUGUUAUAUGUUAAAUAAUUCUCCCAUUCAUAAACUUUCAAAAAGCUGGAGGAAGGGGAAUUUAUUUAAUGCAUAGUGCAGGUUCCUGAGCAAUUCUUUUAGUAUCACCACCACAGAAUUUUCCUUGGUACAUAGCGAGCAUGCCCUCGAAGUUCUGUCACUAUUGUUGCUACCCAGAUCCAACACACAGUUCACACACAUUUCUAUACUAUAACUGUAUUUUGUCUUGUCAUCUCUAUAAAUAACAUGUAUACAGUACAGAUUAGCAAAAGGAAGGAUCCAGUUUAACUGAACAAUGGCUUUUAGGAAAAAAAUAAGAAAGGGCUAUCCUGAGAGUAAGUUGGCAGAGCCAUAUAGUUUAACUCUGUACAGUUCAUACUCAUUUUUUUUAAUUGUCUUCACAGCAUAUAUUGUGGGUCUAUUGAUGUCAUAUAUAUGGCGUUUUUCUUUUCAAAAAGCAUGACUGGUUGGUCUGGUGCAAUAUCCUGAUUUUGUGGGGGUGACCAGACAUCCAUAAUGGCUGGAGUAGCUGGAAGCAGAUGCAACUUUCAAUUGCUCUUUUUGUGCUCCCUUAUAAUGGAGGUUUUGCCACAGGGAACAGGAGCUUGUUUAUCCCAACUCUUGAAUAGAAUGUCACAAAGAGGCACAAAAACCAGGAAGUAUCAUUACCUUGUUGUACCUGUACGUUUGAAUGUUUGAAGCCACCCCUUUGAUUCUUCCUUGUAUUGCAGCUUUAAAUUUCUAGAAUGCAUUCAGCAGACUGAAAGAGUAGUGCUAUAGGAAGCAUUUUGUAUGUCAGUACUCUCUUAAGAAGAAAGCAACAAGUCAAAGAUAUGAUAGAAAUAAAGAGUACCCAGUGAUAUACUCUUAACAUUGCUUUUCACUGCACAAAGAGCUGUUUUUCAAUUCAUUUGCUCAUCCAAACUCUAUAAUCAAGUUAACUGCCUUCAUGAUCCUUCCCCCAGCACUUGGAGUCUGAUGAUUCCUGCAGCAAACAGGGUGAUAUUUUAUUUUUAUUAUUAUUGAUUUUUGUUUGUGUGCGAAAUCUUACCACAAUAGCAUCUGGAACACAUUCGCCCAAUGUUCAGCCCAGCCUCUGUGCUUUCAUACACAGUUACUGGGUGCAAUUUCUUUUUCAAAGUAUAAGCCCAGGGUUGUGGAUGAAAACUUCGUACAAACCUCUCCCUGCUUGUCCAAGAGGGGAGAAUUAUAUGUACAAAACAGGGCUCCAUCCCAUAAGUACGAUAUUGGGAGCAGCUCAAUAAGCACUUUCAAGAUUGGACCAUAGAUGCUCCUUUUGAAAACAUGGUCAGUGAAGGCCCUAAUCCUGUAAAGACAGGCAAAUACAUAUAGUUCUGCACUAAGUAGUCCCAAUAAUUAAAAAAUAAAUGAAUAAUAGCAGGUGUCUACAUGUUUAUAGGAUUACUCUCUGGUAAAAGUUCCACGCUUCUUUGGUAAACAGUUUCCCCCCCUAUAUAAUCAUUAUACAAUUUGGGAUUUAUUGGGACUUGAUGUGAAUUGUGUUGAUUGUCGCAAAUUUCAAAUAUCAUUUUUCAAAGUUUAUUAGUCCUUAAACUGUGGGGUAUGUUUGCUUUCUUCUAUUUCUUACAUGAUAAUCUGUGCUCAUCUAGUUGGUAUCAUUACUGUUCAUAUUUUUAAUCAGCCACAAUUAUAUUUCUCCCAGUCAUGGAAAAAUAUGAAAAAAAUAAAUGGAUUAGCUCCAAGUGAUACAACUGAAACUUAUUAUGCUUAAGUUGUCCCAAAUGUUUGAAUAGUUACAGAUCAUGAAAUAAUGUGUUUGACAAAUCAGGACACUUAACUGCCAUUGUGUUAUUGCCAGAUUGAAAUAUGGAGGGGAAAAGGCAAUUCUAAGUGUUGUAGGUUGUGAUGCUAGAUUAAAACUAGGAAUGUUAAUACAUUUAAUCUGAAAGCUGUUUUUUGGAAAGUUAACAGGAAAAAUUCAAAAUUUGAUUGGAGUUUCUCUUAUCUUCACUAUCGCUUAAAUUAUAUUCUGUUUCAGAAACAGACGUGUUAAAAUCCCCACCACUAAAGCUGGUUUUUUGCACAUCUCCACAGUCAACACUCAACAUUAUACUGACCAAAAUACCCAUUUACCCCACACAAUUGUGUGCACUUAAGAAUGUGUAUACCAAAAUAUGUAUUUACAUUGAUAAAUAAUAUGCCUUAACGCCUCAGUAUGCACUUACUUUCAGGGACUGGAUCAUCCUCUUCCAGUCUGAGGAAAAUAGUCCAUAUUUCAUAACUUGCAGUGGAAGAGUUUGUUUUUGAAACUUCAUUCUUACCCCCCCCCCGCCUCCCCGAAAGGGCAUUCAACACUUUUAAAUAUUCUUUCACCAAGUAGACUGUGUCAGAAAUUCAAAGCCAUGAUGGAACUCUUAACAUGAGAUUCCAGGUGGGCAGAGUAACUUUUUUAAAGCAAAUUAUUAACGUUGCAAUCUAGAUCCAUUUGAAUCUAUUGGACUUUUGCCACUGAUUUUAUAGGUAGGGAGAUAGAUUGCAUCUGGGGACAAGUAUAACCUUAGAUGAAAUGUUCAUACUGUUAAUCUUUGCUGGUAGAUAAUCAUAUGGUGUAUAGCAGUCCUGCCCAGCUUGUGAUCCUCUGGGAUGAACAUAGCCCACCAACCAGUUAUGAGAGCACACAGGAAGCUGAAUAAACCUUCUGGCUUUACACCUUUUCAGAAAUGUACAAAUGCAGGGAGGGUUGUCAGACACUUGGUUGUCAGACACUAGCAUACAUAGCUUGUGGUAUUUGGCUUCUUGUUGUGGCAGGCCUGGUGUACACCAUAGUGGAAUAUAUCUGUACUUAUUAAGGGGAGUACUGUGAGUAUCAAAGUAAGGUACAUGUAUUGAGUUAUAUUUGUAAAGAGUUCUUUGGUGAUCACGCUGUACACACUUUGAAUGUGAUUCCUUCUUUUUUUCUUCCUUAAACAAGAAUUCUCUUCUUGGUCCUUCCUCUGUCCUUUCCAGCUACCAUAGUCCUUUCUCAUUUUAUCUCUGGUCCACAUUACUGUUACCUUCUUCCCUGUAUUGUUUUCACCUGACCCGUAUGCAGUGGUUCUGUUUCAGAACAAAUGAAUGCCUCCUUAAUGAUGAUCUGACCUGAAAUGUGGCUUGCAAGUUGUAGCAGGAAAAGUGAGUGACAGCAUUAGCCUCAUCAGAAGCAGAAGCCAAUGAAAAGGAGACUCGUAUGAGGGACGUAUGAUAGGAUUAUUCUUGUUUGAGGCAGAAACAUGUUUUUGAAUUUAUGUAUGUCCGAUUUCUAAAAUGUCUGUAGAGCCUAGUUGAUGGUUUUUAAAAAGGUGCUUCUUUCUAGAUGCUGGGGAUUAUGAUGUUUUUAAAUUUUAAAGCAGGCAACUAGUGUCCAUCACAUGUAUUUUAUAUGCAAACUUUUGAGCACACAUUUGGCCCACUUAGUGUAUCAUUUUUCUUGAGUUACAUCUCAAGCUACUGGUUUGAAAUCUGCCACCUGGGGGACUGAACACAGUGGCUAAACUGAGAGAACGAAAUUAAAGUAUAAACAUUACUUCCUUUUGAUAUGUUGAGAUCAGGGAGGAGAAAGGAGUGGACCAAUUCAUUCCAUCUUCUGUCUCUCCUGUAAAGGAUAUUUACUUUCUGAAGAGGUGUGCUAAGACAAGGAGCCUCAAACAUUUUUGCCCUCUAUAUUUCCUGAUCAUUUUUUCCCUGAGAUACUCUUAUUCUGUCCACUGAUCAAAUGUCUCAGUGGAGACCUCCCUGGGGGUCAAUGAGACAGCCCCAAUGAAAUGCCUCAAGCCUUUCCUUGUGUAAUUUCCCAUUUUGUCUCUAAGGCAAAGCAUUGUGAGACAGGGUCUCAUGUUGAUGCCAUUUACUGUGGCCAAAAUCCAAAUAUUCACUCAGCUUAUUCUGUCAGCCAUGUGCUAUUUAGUCCCGUGUUUCUCACACAUAUGCUCUCCUUAAAGCACAAAGCAACCCACUUUUGAAACUGCGGGGCAUUGCAAGAACCACUGGUGAUAGCAUGGGUUUUAAAGAAAUAAACUUUAAAAAACAUCAAAACACCUCGCACUAGGUGAGAGAGUGUAAAAUUGUUCUCUGGAACCCAAAGCUGUGAGACAAACGAGAUGUGAUGUUGAAGUUCUGUGAUUGGAACUCCAAACAUCUUUUUCUUUUUCAAAAGCAGCACUGGAGAAGCAAUUUAGACCAGGGCCCUUGUGUAGGAAAGGGAGAGAAAUUAACCCUUUGCCCACAUACUGAUCUCCCAAUUUAAAUCAUCCUCCCAAAACUGCGGUCUGUUAUCUAUGUCAGUUAAAAGUUCUAUGCCCAUAUUUUUCCCCAUCCAUUGCUAAUAGCUUUGGGAAAGGCUAAUUUUGAUCGAGGUUGCAAAAGACUUGGAAUCAUCCUUGCCACUCAUGCCAUAGCCCUGAUCCAACGGGUCCUCCUUGAGCUGUGUUACAUAGAGGCCGAAUUGCAAGAAGACAUAAGAUGGUUGUGGUGGCUUACAGACUCAUAACAGGGUCUUCACACCCCAGUGAAGACACAAGUAAGACUUCAGCACUAUGAUGCUAGGAAGAUACAGUAAGCUCAUGUGAAAAUAUCUUCCCAUCACCAUGGUCUUUAAAAUAAUCUGUGUGGAAUUUCUCUUAUAGCAUAGGGGCCUACUGUUCAAAUCAACAAACUUGCAGAUCUAUGAGGAAGCACAACAUUUUACACCUUCCAAAGCUAUAAAUAAAUACAAUGAGCUGCCGUGUGUACUGUGGUAGCAUGAUAGCAAAUAUUUAUAAUUGACUAAAAGGUUGACUUUGUGUUUAUUGCUUCCAUAUAUCCAGCUGAGAAGUGUAAAAGUCUGUAUACAAAAGAAUACUUCAUUUUCAGUUUGAUUCGUUUAAGUCUAUUCAUUAUUACACAUGAAUAAAAGCAUUAAAUGCACUUUAA